GUGAGACAGUAAAAGGUUAGGGAGACUGUGUUAGACAGAGAGAGACAGAAAGAGAUCAGAGAGACCGUGUUAGACAAAGAGAGUCAGUAAGAGAUUAGAGACUGUCAGACACAGAGAGACAGUAAAAGGUUAGACAGACUGUGUUAAACAGAGAUAGACAGUAAGAGAACAGAGAGACUGUGUUAGACAAAUAGAGUCAGUAAGAGAUUAGAGACUGUCAAACAGAGAGAGACAGUAAGAGGUUAGACAGACUGUGUUAGACAGAGAGAGGCAGUAAGAGAUCAGAGAGACUGUGUUAGACAAAGAUAGUAAGUAAGAGAUUAUAGAGACUGUGUCAGACACAGAGAGAGACAGUAAGAGGUUAGAUAGACUAUUAGACAGAGUCAGUAAGAAGUAGAGAGACUGUGUUAGACAAACAGAGUCAAUAAGAAAGGCUACAGAGACAGUGUCAGAAAGAGGUAUCUUAUAUAGCAUAAGAGAAAGAGAGCAGCAGAGAACAUAUUUGUAAGAGACUUUAGAGUUGUUUUUGGGAUGGCAAACAUUUCCCCCCAAAACCGACAGGACUCUCAGACACAACACACACAGCUCUCAAUAGAAACUAAGGAAGCUCUGAAGAGACCAACAUUCAAUGUGUGGGAGGUUGAGAAUGAUCAGAUGCUGGCUCUAUUGGAGCACAUGUUUAAUGAGCUUGACUUGUUGAGACAUUUUAAGAUGGAGCCAAAGACUCUCUGGAGCUUCUUGUGCUGUGUUUGGAGCAGUUACAGACAGAAUCCGUUUCACAACUUUCAGCACAGUUUCUGUGUAACACAGAUGAUGUACAGUGUGAUCUCUCUGUGCCACUUACAGGAGCACCUGUCUGCUGUGGAUAUUGUCACACUAAUGGUGGCUUCUCUCUGCCAUGACCUAGAUCACCCGGGCCUCAACAAUGUUUACCAGGUGAACGCCCGAACAGAUCUGGCCACUCGUUAUGAGAAUAAGUCCCCUCUGGAGAAUCAUCACUGCACAAUUACACUGCACAUCCUGAGCCAGCCAGAGCACAAUAUCUUCUGUUACUCCAACCACGAGGACACCAAUCACAUAAAAAAGGGUGUUGUGGAGCUAAUCUUGGCCACUGACUUAUCUUAUCACUCUGAAAUCCUACAAAUGCUACAGAACAUUGAGAAUUUGGACUUCACAAACAGAGACUGUGUAAAAUCGCUCAUGAAAGGCCUGAUUAAAUUCUGUGACAUCUCUAAUGAGGUUCGUCCUACAGAGGUAGCAGACCGAUGGGCUGAUGCACUGCUAGAGGAAUACUUCAUGCAGAGUGAUCGCGAGAAGUCUGAGGGUCUCCCAGUCACCCCCUACAUGAAUCGUGACACUGUGACAAAGGCCGAGGCUCAGAGAACCUUCAUUAUUUGCCUCCUGACUCCACUGUGCCAAGCUUUGAGUAAGCUGUUACCCCAGAUGGAAGUCUGGAUGCUGCAGCCCCUAAAAGAAGCAGAACUACGUUAUCAUUGGCAGAUAGAGGAGGUUAAGACGCAGAACCUCUGAGAUUCCCAACUGUAACUGGGCCGUUAACCAGCAAAAACCUCUCAAGAUGACGACUCUAAGCUCGUGACCUUUUGUGACCUCACAAACGGAAUCACCUGACCUUAAAUUUUACAUCACCUGACCUUGCAACAUUGUACAGGAAGUCACCCAACCCUAUUAUAAGUGACUUUCCAGUGUGUCACAAUGGAGGUCACAGAACGUCACUUGACCUUGUAUGGAGGUUUCCAAGCUCCAAAUGGCCAUUCACUUCCCUACUGUAAUGAAUUAUUAUUUAAAUAACUGAGUAAAGUUCAGUGUACUAAAGAUGAGUGUAAAAUCUGUUGUCCUGGAAAA